GUCGUUCGUCCCCCCGGUCUCCCUCUCAGGCUGCUGCUCCUAUUCCAUUUGAUUUUAAUCGUCACGUUUUCCACUCCUCCCUUUUAUACUUGGCCCCAGGACGGGACCAGCAAGGCUAUAGGUAGGGGAAGGCUUCCCCUCCUCCUCCUCCCCUCCCCUUAAGGGGCGGCGAUAGCGGCGGAGACGAAGAAAAGGAUGCCACGGAAGCUGCUGCUGCCUUACAAGUCUGUUUUUUCUCACUUUCGAGCUCCACGGGGGCUGCAUGACUCUUGGGCGAUGAACGCAGCCAGAAGUGGCUACCGGGUCUUCUCGGCCAACUCCACGGCAGCCUGCACCGAGCUGGCCAAGAGGAUCACCGAGCGUCUUGGUGCUGAGCUGGGGAAAUCUGUGGUGUACCAGGAAACCAAUGGAGAAACAAGAGUUGAAAUCAAAGAAUCAGUCCGGGGACAGGAUAUCUUCAUUAUACAGACAAUCCCCAGAGAUGUAAAUACUGCUGUGAUGGAGCUGCUCAUAAUGGCAUAUGCCCUGAAGACAUCUUGUGCCAGGAACAUCAUUGGGGUCAUCCCUUACUUCCCCUACAGCAAACAGAGCAAAAUGAGGAAGAGGGGCUCUAUAGUCUGCAAGCUAUUGGCUUCCAUGCUGGCCAAGGCAGGUUUAACACACAUUAUUACUAUGGACCUUCAUCAAAAGGAAAUUCAAGGUUUCUUCAGCUUCCCAGUAGACAACCUGAGAGCAUCCCCUUUCUUGCUGCAGUAUAUACAGGAAGAAAUUCCAGAUUACAGAAAUGCAAUUAUUGUAGCCAAAUCUCCGGAUGCAGCUAAAAGGGCUCAGUCUUACGCUGAGAGGCUGAGGCUGGGGCUGGCAGUGAUCCAUGGAGAGGCUCAGUGCACAGAGCAGGACAUGGACGACGGACGCCACUCCCCUCCGAUGGUCAAAAAUGCAACUGUGCAUCCUGGCCUGGAGCUGCCAUUGAUGAUGGCCAAGGAGAAACCACCAAUAACUGUGGUUGGAGACGUUGGAGGAAGAAUUGCCAUCAUUGUGGAUGACAUCAUUGAUGAUGUGGAAAGCUUUGUAGCUGCUGCCGAGAUCCUGAAAGAGCGUGGAGCCUACAAGAUUUUUGUGAUGGCCACUCAUGGGCUCCUGUCAGCAGAUGCCCCCCGGCUGAUAGAGGAGUCCUCCAUUGAUGAGGUGGUAGUAACCAACACAGUUCCUCACGAGGUCCAGAAGCUGCAGUGCCCCAAGAUAAAGACUGUGGAUAUCAGUUUGAUCCUCUCUGAAGCCAUCCGACGGAUCCACAACGGGGAGUCCAUGGCUUAUCUGUUCCGCAACAUCACCGUGGAUGACUAGACCUGGCUCUGCCCCUCUCCUGGCUUCCACAAGAGAAGGAAACAUGCAUGAAAAGGCAAUACCAUAAAUCAUAGGCAUAACACAACUCUUUAUUCUUGUAGGGGCAUGAAGGUUUUCAGGGUCUUGAGCCAUGAGAUCUAAUAGAAAAACAACCAACCAGCCAACCUGACCAGCACUUUACAAGUGGAUAGAAGAGUCCACUGGCCAGUGGGGGAGGAUUGGAUCUGUAGAGAGAUGGAGAAAUGAGGUGGUGUUGAAUUUGUAAGAUUUUUUAUUAUUUUUUCUUUUUUUAGUGUGUUACCUCUUGCCCUGUAGGGGGAGAAAGAAAAGCAAAAAACAGUAGCUGUUGACUUAUGAGAGGGAACUAGUGCCCGUUGCAGUGUGUGGGCACAGGAGGAGGCAGCCUUUGGGUGUGUGUGACUGGCCUGGCAGGGCUGCUGCUGGCAGAGCUGAGCAGCAGAGCAGCUCCUUGCCGACCUGGUGGCCUCUCAUCUCCUGCACAGGUUGGCAAGGACUUUCACCCAAAUUAAGUCAGUGGAACAUCCCAGCAGGGCCACUUAGGGCCACCCGUUCAUGGGGCUGCCAGUGUCCUUGCUGGGGGCGCUGGGAACAAGCCCCUGAGUGUCUCCCAGCAGGGCAAGGGGUUCUAGUUGAUGUGUUGGCCUUUUCAUUUUGCGAGCCUUGGAUCAUUAUUGUUCUUCAGUGGCAAGUAACAGGGAGGUCUAGGUCCUUACUUGAACACUUGUCUGCACUGCACAACCAGGUGCAAUUUCUGGAGUUGCCUGGAGCUGAGGAGUUGUGGCAAUUGUGUGGGAAAGGGGAGUUGGAACAAUGUCUGCCUCUAAUGCAGCUGUGCUCUCCAAAAACACUAACAUUGAACCUGCAAUAAAAAGCCUAGGAUUUUUCA